AUGGAGACGUCGUCAUUGGAUGCGCAGAUGUACAUGCAGAUCGAACCAGACUGGGAAAAAGCUGAAGAAUCUUGCUGGUUAGAUGUUUAUGAACGUACUGUCCAAAUUUCCACUCCAGAAGCUCAAGAACGUGCUCAGAACGAGCGUAUAAUUGCUGAAGUGCACACGACUCCAAGCCAUCAGUAUCAAUUGCCUCUAUCGACGUCUAUACAAGCCCCUGUAGAGCCGUCUUUGGUGCAAAUAAUGGACAAAAGAGACUUGAGGAUUGAUAUUCAAGUGGAUUUAAAGUCGUCCAAGUCACCUACGAAGCAGCUGCGCACAGUGUUCCAAGCUCCUAAAGAAACGGUAGAUGUGUCCGUUCUUGGCUGCUCGGAGGCUGUUGUGACGCCACUAUCACCGCUAUUGCAAUUGUACUCCAUCGAUGUGUGUAAGGAUGAGAGAUUCGUGGUGCUUGGAGGCUCAAAUGGUGUAUGUAUGCUCUGGGACAGCCAGAACAAGACGCAGAUGCUGCCAUUGCUAGGCCAUGUGGCGGAUGUCACCUGUGUUCGCUUCUUUCCUAGCUCACAGGUUGUGCUUACGGGCUCGCUAGAUUUUACAUUGAGGAUUUUUAGUGUCUAUGGACGUUGUGCUGCAGUGAUGAAGGGACAUCGAGGUGGAGUCGAGGACGUUUCGAUCGUUGGAAGAGGGAGGAAUGUGCUUUCAUGUGGAACCGAUGGACUUAUUCAGCUAUGGAAUUGCGGGACGCAAGAUGUUGUUGCCAAGUGGUCUAACGAUGAUCAUAGUCCAGUGCAUUGUUUGUCGGUUAUGGACGACACUGCGCAGCUCCUAGUGGAAGGCAACUACUCACCGUGUCUCAAUGAGAACGAGGUUGAGACGGAUGGAAAGGUGUUUUUUGCUGGGCUUGACAACGGAGAAACGCUGGGUGUGGACGUCCGUGCCCGCGAAGCUGUGCUUAACGUUGAUGGAAUUGCCGGCUCUAUUAUCUCAUGCGCUGCUAGCACCUCAACUGCUUCAUUGCCGAUGCUAUUCACUGGAAGUGAGGACGGUGUUCUGACUGCAUGGGAUUUACGUCGUACAAGUGCACCGUUGCACGCUUUAUCUCGAAGCUCAUCGCCAAUCCAUAGCAUUUCAGUCUCGGGCUCACUUGCAAAUGACCCAGUUUCUGCGAGUAGUGUGUGGACCGCUCAUGGCGAUGGUGUAUGCUGCAACUGGAGCAACCUUGGCAAUAAACCCUACGUUUCCAAUGAGCUAACCGGCCCGCAUUAUGAUGCAGUACGCGGUAUCGCACUUGCAAGCCAAACUGGUCGUGUUUUUAGCGCCUGCCGCGAUGGGCGUUUGCGUGUGUAUGUUCCACCUGUUGUCGCGUGA